GUCAAAAGCUAUGGUAGUCACGAGGAAAUAAAAUAAGAUGGCAAAUUAUGGGCUCGGUUGAUGAAUCAAGAACGAUAUUUACCAUCUUUGUACCUAUUUUAGUUUCAGACGUGGACGAGUGUGCAGCUAAUACACAUGACUGUGCCGCUGAUGCGGAUUGUAUCAAUACCAAUGGCUCAUUCGUCUGUUCAUGUCAAGUGGGAUAUACUGGAGAUGGUAAAUUAUGCCAAGUUUCAGACGUGGACGAGUGUGCAGCUAAUACACAUGACUGUGCUGCUGAUGCAGACUGUAUCAAUACUGAUGGCUCAUUCAUCUGUUCAUGUCAAGUGGGAUAUAUUGGAGAUGGAAAAUUAUGCCAAGUUUUUGAUUAUUUUGCAGGUUUUCCUUUCCGUUUAAGGCUCAAUGGGACUGAAGAACCUCUCCGUUUAAGUGGAGCAGCCAGCAUCGCUGUUUCAGAGGACAAUAUUACAGCACUGUACUUGGAUGGCAGUCCGCUGACCUAUGCUGUAAUGCCAGCCAUUCCCAUCCUUACCACAGGUUUCGGCAUAUCCGUGUGGAUUAAACUGCUUAAGUAUCCAAAUAGUUUUCAACCUAUCUACGGUGACUGGUCGUCGAAUGCAUCAUUUGCCCUCUCAGUUAAUGAAGAUGGUAGAUUGUGUACAGAGGCAAAAAGACAAGCUCCUGCUACAGGAAAUGUUUUCUCUAUAUGUGGAAACUUGCAUGAUAUUCCAUUGAACAAGUGGACUCACGUAGGAAUGUCUUGGAGAAAAUCCCUCCGUAAACUUCUAUUGUUCAUAAAUGGAAAGACUUUCGAGGACAUUGUCCAUAAAAAUCCAGUCCUUUCUUUCAAGAAUUCAGGGCGUUUACUGCACGACAUUGGCUUCAGGGAGGACACUGGUAACACAAUACAAGCAUACAUGAGUGAUUUUGUAAUUAUAGAUAAAGAAAAAAAUGGGAAAAAUUUUGUAGAGGAAUUCUUCGAAAGCCACCCACUCAGCAAGUUUACCUAAGCCAAAGCUUAGGAAAUAUAAAUUGUUCAUGGACCUGAAAAAAAAUUAAUCUCUUCUUUGGAGAUCACAUGAUGGAAGUAUUUUAAUCACAUGUUGGAAAUACACGAGCCUGUUCUGACCCUCCAAGCACGAGUCUUUCUUGAGUGACCACUUCUGCAUAUCCCGACCAAGGAUGUCAGUCAUCCCUUUAAAUAAGUGGACUUCUUGACGAAGAAAAAUGGAGACACUUUCUGGCAAACCGACGUGAACUUAUGAUCUGAAAUUUAGGCCGUAGGAGUUCUAAGUUAUUAGUAAGUGUAUGUUAUAUGCUUAAACAACAUGACAUCUGCAUGUGACCUGAAACAGACUUUUGCAACCUUCCCUUGGGGAUUAAGCCUCGUAUUUUACGUCACAUUUACGGCAUAAUUCUUCUUUCUACAACUUAUUUCAAAUGCGACAGAAUUUGUUUAUGUUUCAACUUAAGUACUUUAUUGUCAAAUUAUCAACUUUUGACGGUGCGGCUGCAUUUCUGCUUUGUUUUUUCAUUCUACAUUAUCUGUGCGGAGUUCCUUUUCCGCAGAAGCAGUUUUGUUACCUAGUCGACGAUGAAAGUUUCUCACGUCUGUGUCCACAGCAUGGUGUUUCAGGACUAAAUAUACAUGUACUGAAAGAGAUUUUUCGAUCGGUUGCAGAUUCCCAAAAGUCAUAACAUUCUUAUCUAUAAAAGUAUAUUUGUAUUUCAUAGCUUCCUCUAUGUCCAUGUUUCUUUUUUGAUUAGUUCAAACAACCACUGCAUUGAUGAUGAUACACUGGAUCAUUUGGCCCCCCACAGUUUCAAAAUGAAUCCCUUAAUGUAAGAAUUGUAUGUGGGUAAUUUGUGCGUUCAGCAACAUCAUUUAUAAUUCAGGGCCCGGUUGUUCAAAGGGCCGAUAACGCUAUCCAUCGGAUAAAUCGCUAUCCAGCGGAUAAGAGUUAACAAAACGUAUUGCGCUAUCCGCUAGAUAGAGAUUUAUACAGCGGAUAGCGUUAUCCAAUUUUCGAACAACCGGAGCCAGAUCUGCAGGCGUGCUCCUCAAAAUAAAAGAACAAAG